AUGGAGGAAGCGUGUAGCGACACGGCGUCCGGUAGAGAAGCACGUCCGUCAAUCGAGCGACUGCAUCCCGAUGUGAUCAAUCGAAUAGCGGCUGGAGAGGUAUGUUCUUUAUUGUAUCUUAUAUCUCUGAUCAUUCAACGCCCAUCCAACGCAUUGAAAGAGUUACUGGAGAACAGCUUGGAUGCUGGCGCAACACAGAUCAAAGUGAUAUGCAAAGAGGGCGGCAUGAAACUACUGCAAAUCCAAGACAAUGGAUGUGGUAUACAAAAAGAUGAUUUACCUCUUCUGUGCGAAAGGUUUGCCACGUCCAAGCUACGCCAGUUUGAGGAUCUUUCCCACAUGACGACCUUUGGCUUUCGUGGAGAAGCAUUAGCCAGCAUCAGCUAUGUAUCUGCCUCAGUCCAGGUAGUGACCAAGAUAAGAAAGGAUGCAUGCGCCUAUAAGGCUGCCUAUUUUGCAGGGGCAUUGCAAUCGGAUCCUACACCUUGCGCUGGGACAGAUGGAACGUCGAUCACUGUCCAAGAUCUCUUUUUCAAUGCACCACAAAGAAGAAAGGCAUUCAAAUCCAAUUCUGAAGAAUACAAUCGUAUUCUUGAUGUCAUGUCCAAAUAUGCACUUCAUUUCGGUGCCAGAGGCGUAGGCUUUUCCUGCAAGAAAGCUGACGUUGCUGCCCUCGAUUUGAAUACACCAAGCCGGUCUUCCUUGUCUACCUUAGAUGUGAUUAAAGUUGUAUAUGGGUCGACGUUGGCCAGAGAUCUUCUUCAUAUACCCCCCAUCGAAGAAGACGCGCUCGGCCUCCGUGCUGAAGGUUGGAUGAGUAAUGCCAAUUGGAUCUCGAAGAAAGCCGUUUUCAUAUGCUUCAUCAAUGAUCGUCUUGUGGAAAGUCCUAGUUUAAAACGCGCUUUGGAGUCAAUGUAUGCUUUAUUCUUACCGAAAGGACGUCAUCCAUGGAUCUAUGUACAUAUUACUAUUGAUCCUACUCGCAUUGACGUCAAUGUACAUCCGACUAAGCAGGAAGUUCAUUUCCUAGAUGAGGAGGACAUUUUUGAGCUCAUUACUACCAAGGCCCAAGACAUUCUCUCCAGUCACAGUUCAUGUCGUGUAUACUCUACGAACAAGGCGCCCAUGGGCAAAGAGGUAUCUGACAAUACAGUUCAAAUCCUCCGUUCACAAUCGUCUGAACGGUAUGAUCCUCGGCAUCUUGUGCGUGUAGAUCACAAGGAUCAGUCCUUGGAUGCUAUGUUGGUUACACCAAAAAAAGCAACUGUAUCACGCGUAGAUGGGUCAGAUGCAAUUCCAGAAUCAGCGUGUGAACUGACCAGUAUCCUUGAAUUACGGCGCGAGUUGGACACAGAUGCCGAUCCUCAUCGUACGACUAUGCUUCAAAAUCAUUCUUUUGUGGGCGUUGUAGACUUGAAAAAAGGCCUAAGUCUUAUACAAUAUGGAACGCAGCUGUAUUUGGUGCACCACGGCAUUCUAGUUGAAGAGUUUUGCUACCAGCUUGCCCUGCGCCAGUUUGGCGCUUAUAUCACCGUGCAGUUGGAUCCACCGACCCUUCUUUCGGACCUUGUGGGUCUUGGGUAUGAUAUGGAGGAUGAUGAGGAGCAAAAAAAGGCGAUCGGUAUUCCCCGUGAGGAUGUUAUCCAGCGCAUCUGUCGGACCAUUCUACGUCGUGCAGAUAUGCUGCAAGACUAUUUCGGUAUUGAAAUUGAUCCAACAACUGGGCUCGUCCAUGCUAUUCCAACGCUCCUUCCCAAUCAUGGUCGUUUCGGACUCGCUCUAGAACGUCUUCCCACCUUCUUCUUUCGUCUGGGGCCCCAGGUAGACUGGGACAAUGAAAAAGGCUGCUUUUAUACAAUGUGCCGUGAACUGGCGUACGCUCAUGUGCCCGCCAGCUGUGGUACCUACCAUUUGACGAUCCCAGAUGAAGCUCAAGAGGAAGAGACAUGGACCAUCCAGCAUGUUUGGUUCGCGCAUAUGUCCAACAUACGUGGCCGAAUCGUCGUGCCGAAAUCUAUGCCCGAGGAUGCUAUGCUUAAGGUGGCUAACCUGCCGGAUUUGUGUACGUAUUUGGUAUACCUAACCGAAGAUCGUGUAUUUGAACGCUGUUAA